UCGCGCACAGCUACCAGUCAUUGUUCAGACUUUAUCAGCAGAAGUUCUCGACAUGUCUAUCAUUGGUCUGCUUUUUUUUGGUCUUUGUCUGAGCUCUGCCCAGGCUCUACUCGUGCCUCAGCACAAUUGCGAUAACCACUUCAGAUACGCCACGGAGGAUAGUGGAAGGACUUACAUGGGCAUUUUCACGGCGCCAAAGUCGAACAAUCACAAUUUUAAAUGGCAGGCGAUUUUCGAAGUCCAAGGAUAUCGCUCGUUGUUUGUAAGUGCUUUGCUAACGUAUCCCAACAAUGAAGAAGCUGCCGACUAUCUUUUAAAAGGUGAGCCGGCUCAAGCUUAUGUGCGGUUCGUAGAUGUCACCACCGAGCUGCCGAAGCUUUACUCUUUGAUUCUCAACGGAAAUGAGCUGUGCUUCAAUGCAGGAUACCCCUUUCCCAAGACUAGAGCUACUGUAAGGCAUCAUAUGUAUAUUAACGUUAAGAAGACAGUCAGGAAGCACACUACGCAGGUGUAUCCACCCUAUCAAAAUAACGUCCGAUCCUUUUAGUGAUGCGUUAAUUAUGCGUUUAAAAACUAUUUUUUCAGUAAUUUAUAAACCGCAGGGUUUGAUGUGCCCAAACAAGAUAAUUUAUAAAUUAUAAAU